GAAUUCCUCACGAGCAAAUCAAAGAAAGUGAAAUACAUAAUAGCAACUGGCUAAAAAAUUACUUGAUGUAAUGAAGGGAUACCGUAAUUCCUGUAACAGUGGGCUUUCCUACAAAGUUAUGUGGAUAUCGUUGACCUGUCUACUGUUCAUCUUUACGCUAUUAACAACGAUCACUGCUAAGUCGACCGUCAAUGAGAUUGGUACCAAAGUGACCAGUAAGAAUGCCACCAACGGAAUCUGCCAACCACUCAUAUGUAACUUAAACUGCACCUGGGGAUACGAGACUGAUCCUGUCACCUGCUGCCCCAUAUGCUCAUGCUGGAUUCCCGAGUUCUGCGCCGUUUUAUGUCCGAAAGGCCAGACCUGCGAGCCACAAUACUUGCAAUGUGUUACGACGCCAUGUCCCAUAUGUAUUAUAUGUGUGGACGACACGUCUUCAUCAACAGAAUGAUCAGGAGAUGAAUCCUUGCAGAUCAUCGAUUCGCCACGGCUAUUUCUUUGCAACAUGCUAAGUAAAUCAAUUUGUCCACGGAUGUACACUGCCUAGUGUAGAGUACCUCUAGUAAAAGUUAGAACACCUAACUAAUUUACUUGUGUAAAGCU